AUGCUAGGACCGCAUGCGAUACCCAGGCCGAUGGAUCAAACAAACGCCUACGGCCACUCGCGGUCCCGAACGACCUCCUCCAGCGUAUUUCCCAUGCAGCAGCAGCCCGCGUCUCAUUACCCGCAGGCAAUGCCUCCACAUAUGCAGAACUCGCGUCGGUCGCCGUCUGUCAACACAUUUAGUACGACAUCCAGCAUGCAGCCGCCGGCUGCAUAUCGGACCUCGUCGUCUACAGACCUUCGCCGUUCCAUCUCCAGUCGCUCUACUGGAACAACCGCGCCGCCGUCUAGCUAUGUCGCUCUUCUACGCCGGCAAAAGGCUACAGUCUGGUGCGAUCGGGCUCAGUACGAGGACCCUCGGGUAGCAGCUCAACAAAAGGCGGCCAAGGUGCGCGCUAAUCUCGAAGUUGUUGGCGGCGGCCGAGGUACCAUCACUCCCAGCCGGACCAACACUGGAAUUAGCGCGACAGGCAAAGUUGCUGCCAAGAUCAGGCAUCAUGGCAAGACACCUGUUGUUGGGUAUGCUCCAGGCGAUACGAACCACGUUGGUGUUGGCGGUGUGCCUCUGCGACUUAGUGCCACAGAAGUCGAAGGAGAGAGUAGUGACGACGACGAUGCUCACGCUGCGUCUCGCGCACACCACCGCCGUACAGGAAGUAGUGGCCGAAGCAGCAUCGGAAGCGGCCGACGGGGCUUGCAGUAUCGAGUUUCUGGCAGCUCUGUUACCAUAGGAGGCCACCGGAGAAGUCCCGGUGGCACCCCUGAGCGUACUGGUAGCCUGAUUGAGCGGCCGGAAGAGGCCAUGCGCACUAUCUCCGACUCGGCGUCAGGACGGGCGCAAAGCUCACGAAGCACUAGCAGCGGUGAACGAGCCGACAAUCUCGGCGAAUUGGGUAGCAACCCGAAGUUGGCACCCAAUUCCCAGAAGCUUUCGGUUCUUGUAAGAGAGAAAAGCGUCAAGAGCGCCGACGAACUUAAGCGACGAGGCAGCGUUGACGAGCGAACCGCAACACUCACAUCCGGCCGUCUUUUCAUCGCCAAUCCCGAUUAA